AUGGUACGCUGGCCAGUUCUAGUAGAGAAAGAAGCCUCUGCUCAAGUGAUGUGCAUGCCAAGUCACACUAAUGGAAGCAAGGCUCAAGCCUCUAUGCGUAAUAAUGUUCCACUGCAGUUGUCUCGAUCCGAUACUUGCAUUAGUAGUCACGAUUUAGUUACUCUUAUGAGCACCGAGUUUCUGCAUACUCUUAUCAUUGAUGUGUCCUCUCCUCCUAUCCAUGCCAUUCCAGGCACUCGUAUCUUUCAUUUCUUGGAGCAGUGUCGGUCUGCUUGGAAAAAUGUUGCAUCCACUAUUAGGUUUGAUUCUGCAAUCAAGGACCAUCCCCUAUUUCUAGACAAAGUAUUGAGUACAGCUUUGAAUGAUGAUGUCUGUUCAGUUGAAGUUUCAAAUAUGAGCAGCAAGACAUCGACUACCGAAUCGAUGCCACAAUCUAAACCAAUGCAUGACAAAACACAAUCGUAUGACAUAGACGAGGAAAAAGAAGCUCAAGCCGCGGUUGCCAUGUCAUCUGUGCUCAAUGUAGUAGUAUCUGAUACGGGUGACAACAAUGGAUUCGCUUCACCCAACAGUAUAUCCAACAUCUUUCAACAGUUUGAGAAUCAGCGACAGAAUGCAUCUGUUUAUGAAACCCACUUUGACAAACACGUUGAAGAGUCGCUUCAGCGUGCUCGUUUCCAUGCCGUAGAAUCAUCCGUGUUUCGACAGCGGAUCGGUAACACUGUUGUGUUACUAGACGAACAAGGUUCAAACAAAGGAUUUGCUGCCUUUAUUGCUGCUCUUCUUCGAAAAGAAGGGCUAUGUAAAGCUGCCGUUGUGCUCCAAGGUGGUAUUCUUGGAUUCCAACAAGCUUACCCUACGUUGGUGUUGUCGUACCCAUCACCGCCCUUGGUAGAUCACCUCAAUAUGGAGUUUCUAGAAUCACUUGCUGGACUAGCGAAAAACAAUCCAGUAGACCAUUUACGCGAACGACAAGAUCAACUUGUUCAAGCAGUUUGGUUUGGCAGUACAACUCCCAGCGACCUGCCUUCACCCAUUGUUCAAAACCUUUUAUAUCUGUCAAGUUGUUUUGCAGCUACUCGAGAGCAUCUAAAAAGGUUUGGUAUUACACAUGUGAUUCGACUUGGAUGGGGAUUUCCCACUUAUUGCGAUAUACAUGAUGAAACAGAAUAUCACGAGUUUCCAAUUGCAGAUAGUCCUUUGGUGAAUAUUCGAUCGCUGUUUGAAGAAACCACUCGAAUUAUUGAAACGGCCCGAUUGAAUGGCGAUCGUGUUUUGGUGCACUGUCAUGCUGGAGUCAGUCGAUCAUCGACUAUUGUGUUGGCAUAUAUGAUCAAAUAUCUAAAGAUGCCAUUGAAUGUUGCUUGGAAUACAGCUUACAAGAUUCGACCUAUUAUUCGACCCAAUGCAGGAUUUGCAGCAGCAUUGCAAAACUACGAGAAGGAGCAACUUGGAGUGUUCAAGUCUUCGAUGUCGAUUUUUUGGAUGAGCGAUUCAUAUCUAUACUACAUAGACUAUAUAGAGAUAAUGUACAGACUGGCCGGACUGCCUUGUAACAGCAGAAACAAGACGCGCAGUAACCAAGCCGAUACAGUAGAACAGUUGGCAUUGCUGCAGUUGAACGAAGCGUCGACUGACCAAGACAAUAAACUAGACACACAUCGUUGCGUGCAGAGAACAAACGAUGGUGAAAUAUCCUUGAAUCUAACAGAAGAAUAA